GUUUUUCCCUGUAUGUACUCUAACCAUAUACAGCAGUUGUGCACAAGUAACACCAGUCUCGUUAUUUAUUACAGAUAAAUAUAUACCAUAACCUCGUAUCCUAAAAUACACGUGGUCAAAUGUAUUGUUCGGGAAAAUAAAUUGAUGGGUAGAUCGUAAAGGUGGGGACACGAGCGCUACACGCUCUUGCGCAGUAGGUGGCGCUAUGCAACUAAACGUUGCUUGCAAUUGGCCAAUAAUCGAAAGAGGAUCAAGAACGUUGCAAUUAAGAGAGAUGAGAUGAGCCCCAGGUGUGAUGGAAGUUAUUUCUACUUCUUGAAAGCAUUGCGUGCGAUGUUGGUCCCGUCCUCUUCCUGACUACACUUGAUGUAAAAGGUUUAUGACGACUCCUUAAGCAGGCCUGACUGGUGCUGUCAUUUUCUUGACACCGCUUUUGAUGCAUCCGGUGCGAUAAAAGGUACCUGCAGACUUCUUUGAGCUCCCGCAUCAUGUCCACGCUGACUCCCAUCUCCUGAGCAAAGUUAGCGUGAAACGCGUCUUCGUCCUCGAUACUGAGAUACGAGAGUGGGCUGGCUCUAGUAACCUUAGUAAAGUAUAAAUGUCAAGGGACUCCCUAAUGAACACAUAUUUUCCAAGUGGAGGUGAAGAUCUACAAACGGAGCUGCAAAGAAGCUUGUCUUCAUCAUCGAGAGGCGUACGAGAAAAGCGUUUAUUCUUUCAAAUGGAGAUCGAAGACUACUCCCAGCAGAAGGUGGACAAACCCUGUUCUGGAAAUGUAUUGUAAGAACCCGCAAUGGAUUUAGAGACCGCACUGCAGGAAUGCUCCAGCGCCCUUGAUCUCUUUCUAAACAACAGGUUUGCAGAUGCCUUGGCUCUUUUAGAACCCUGGAGGAGCCAGAGCAUGUACCACGCGAUGGGCUACAGCAGCAUGCUGGUGAUGCAGGCGGGCAUGACUUUUGACCCGAAGGACAUGAACGCUGCUAUGGAGUCGCUGAGCGACGCCCUGCUGACGUGCCAGAGGUUUCGAAAGAAAACUGGAAUUAUGGAGACUCUGGUCAAUCUUUGGCAAAGACAAUCACCUGAAAGCCUAACAGAAGAGGAGAUGCACGCCGAGCUCUGCUACGCCGAAGUGCUGCUGCAGAAGGCGGCGCUCACCUUCCUCGACGAGAGCAUCAUCGGUUUCAUCAAAGGAGGCAUGAGGAUCCGAAAUAGCUAUCAGAUUUUCAAGGAGUGUCAGGCCAUGGUUCACGGCAAUGCAGAAAUGGAGACGAGCGGCACGCAUAUUCACUUUAAGGGCGGUGUCAGUAUGGGCAUCGGCUCUUUUAAUCUGAUGCUAUCUCUGCUACCAGCUAGAAUCCUCAAACUGAUGGAGUUUUUGGGUUUUUCCGGGGACAGGGAGUUGGGUUUGUCUGAGUUGCGAGCAGGCGCCUCCAGCGACAGUCUGCGCUCUAUUCUCAGCACUUUGACACUGCUCAUGUUUCAUCUCUACAUCUCAGUCAUUCUGGGUUCCGGCGACGUGGACUUAACUGAGGCAGAGGCUCUGCUAGAGCCUUAUGCUAAAAGGUUCCCAAAUGGAGCCCUCAUGCUUUUCUACGUCGCAAGAAUUGCCCUGCUCAAAGGAAACAUCACAUUUGCUCAGGAAAAGUUCCAGGCUUGCAUCGCCGCUCAGCAGGAGUGGCGGCAGAUUCACCACCUGUGCUAUUGGGAGCUCAUGUGGGCCCACUCCUUUGAACAGAAUUGGCGGGAAGCGUACCAUUAUGCUGAUCUGCUCUGCAAGGAGAGCAAAUGGUCACAGGCCGUCUACGUGUUCCAGAAGGCAUCCAUACUGAGCAUGCUCCCCGAGGAAGAAGUCAAAAAAAUGGGUGAAAAUGUGGUGGACUUGUUCAGGGAGGUUGACGGUCUGAGGCUGAAGCUUGCCGGAAAGUCCAUCCCGACUGAGAAGUUUGCCGCCAAGAAGGCUCAACGCUACGUCUCGUCCAAGCCCGUCAAACUGGUCGUCCCGGCUCUGGAAAUGAUGUACGUGUGGAACGGCUUCACCAUUGUUGGCAAAAGAGCCGACUUGACGGAAAACAUUUUGGCUACGUUGGACAGAGCGGAGGAGGAGCUCAAGUAUAAUUCAAACCCGUCAGACUACCACCUGGAUGACCAGUGUGUGGUUCAGUUGCUCAAGGGCUUGUGUCUGAGGCAGUUGGGACAGCUCGACCAGGCUGAGGUCUGUUUCAAUCGCGUCUUAUCCAGCGAAAGCGACCUGAAGCACAGCAACUACCUGGUGCCGUUUACCAUGUACGAGAUGGGCCUGCUGCACAAACAGAGGGGUGACAUCGAAAAGGCCAUCUGUGUGCUUGAAAGUGCCAAGAUGGACUACAAAGAAUACAGCAUGGAGUCGCGGCUACACUUCCGCAUCCACGCCGUGCUCAAGAGCAUGGGCUCCUUUGCGGCCAAGAUGCCGCUUUCCCAGAUGCCGGCGUGAGCGCUUCCAUGAUUACGUUCUUCUAUGAGCGCUCCUCCGGCCUCAUGAUUCCAACCGGAUUUCCAGGACAUUUUACUACGCAGCUUUGCACCGUAAAUGUGUCACCCUGUGGCUUCUGUAAUUUUGUAUUUAUUCUGUAGAAGCAUAUAUAUACAGCAUUGUUACAUAUGUGCUUUUUUCCCCACUUUUUAUGUGGAGCAUGUCUGUCUGUGCAUAGGUGCUAAAAUAUUGUCGCCACCUGUUGAGAGUGGGCAGGGCCGUUUCUUCACUCAACUGCAGAUGGGGCAGGUCCUUUAUUGAUGCUUGGGAAUAUUCUCAUUCAUCAAGGUAUGGAUGUUUAUUCAUACGCAUUUUGGGAAUAUCUUUAAAAAAAACGCAGUCUCCAGAUAAUGUUGAAGUUACAUGAGCUAAGAGGCAGGCUUCUCGAGGUGCUACUUUUUUGGUGAGCGAAGCUGUUCAAAUGGGCUCAGCAGUUAAAUACUGUGUGGGGCAAGAUACAUGGUACCUCUGAAAUGUAAUUUUUCAUCAGUUGCAUCCUGUUUACUGUCCUGGUGGGAAAAGUGAGGCAUCUAUUUGGGGAAAGGUGUUUGUUAAAUUUGGGGUUGGGGGUAGCACUAUUUGAGGAAAAAGUUGUACUCUCGUCCUUGUGGAUGUGAUGUCUUGUAAAUAGCUGAUUGUCCAUUUUUUUCCCUCAAGAUGAAAUCAUCUUGAGUAGCAGAUGUGCUGAAUAAACCUUAACAAAUGAAUAGAA